AUGGUUAUCAUCGUCCCAUGUUCCUUGCCGCGCCGCACCAACUUCGUUUGUGACUUCAUCAAGUUUUCGCCGAUGAACUUCGUCAACCAUCAGGCAAGUACUGUUGAUGGUGAUGUCCCCGAGGUUGACUCCCGGAGGACUGCUUUCACUCAGAUCUGGAGCUCGAACCCGAGACCGUCUCCGUUUGUCCCCAGCCACUUGAUUUUUCCAUCUCUUCCACGAUUCCGGUGA